UAAUUUAAGAAAGGACCAAAAAAUAAAAACUAGAGCAUAUAUCUUUUUCAUGAUUUCGAUUUUUUUCACCUAAUUUUUUUCAUAGUUUCAUUGCCGGAAAGUUUAGUAAAUCCUUCAAAUGUUGUUGGUCUAUUUUCAUCUCUCUUUAUUUGGGUUAAAUUUUUUCAGAUUCAAUUUUUGAAAUACUAAUUUUCUACUUCUCAAAACUUUGAACUUUUUCUAUUUUGAUGAACCCAUUUAAAAUAAAUUCAUAAAUAGAUCUGAUUUUAUCAUGGAUAAAAAAUUUUGGGAUACUUUGAAGAUGAUUGAAGAAAAAAAGAAGAUAACUUGAAGGAUUAAAGAGAUGGUACUAGUAUGCUAGUUAGAUUAUGGAUUUUUGCUUAUGAUCCAAAUUGGUUAUAUAGAUUUGAAGAAAAAGAUGAUAAUAGUGAUAAUCUUCUAAAUUGAAUAAGAAGGCAUCAAAAUAAUAGUGGUUAGAGGAGAUGUGGAAAUGAUGGGUGAGAAAAAUAAAGGUGUUGUAGAUUUUAUUUUGUUUCCUUUUUCUUCUUUAUUGAAAGGUAAAUUCUAAAGCAAUUAAUUAGUCAAAUAGUUUUAAAAUGGAUUUUUAUUCAUUAUAAUAUAUAUAUGUCACAUAUCAUUAUUUAAUUUGUACUUUCACACGUCAUCGCGCGAAUAUAAUACACACAUCCUAUACAUUUGACUGGUUGUCAAAAACGUGUCAAUAUGACACGACGUUCCCCUACUUAAGGUGUUUAAAAUGAAUAAGGCCAACGAGAGGUGUCCAAGUGAAAAUUGAUAUCAACUUUAGGUGGCUACCGAUGAAUUAGGCUAUUCACUUUUAAUGCAUAUUACAAAUUUAACAUAAUAGUGCUAUAAAUAGUAAUAAAUAAAAAGUAUCACUAAAAUUCGUAAUUAUUUAUUAAAAAGCAGUUAUCCAAGUAAUUUUUCCAUCCUUCUUUACCCAUAUCGAAUAUGAGCGAUUUAAAUUAUUACCCAUAUUAAAUUGACCCAUUUUCAACCCGUCCAAAUUUGAACCAACCCACCCAUUUGCCACCACUCAAGUUGCAGUUUGUUCGGCUAUAUUAAUAUUAGUAUUCAUUCAUUUGGAUUCUGCACAAUUUAUCUCCUCUUUCUUAUCAAAGCCAAGGAAGUGCGUUUUGAUUUGCAAUUUCUUAUCAUUUGAAAAUUCAUUAUUUUUUGAGAGGGUGAUGAGUAUUUUCUUUCAUUGGUGAAUGUGGUUGCUAGCUACAGGGAAGUAGAAAUGGCUUACAAGGUGGAUCAUGAAUAUGAUUAUUUAUUCAAGAUUGUUUUGAUUGGAGAUUCAGGUGUCGGAAAAUCAAACAUUCUCUCCAGAUUUACGCGAAAUGAAUUCUGUUUGGAGUCUAAAUCCACCAUUGGUGUCGAAUUUGCAACUAGGACCCUCCAGGUAGAAGGAAAGACGGUAAAAGCACAAAUAUGGGACACAGCAGGGCAAGAAAGGUACAGAGCCAUAACGAGUGCUUAUUACAGAGGAGCCGUGGGAGCACUUUUGGUUUAUGACAUAACCAAGAGACAAACUUUUGAAAAUGUGCACAGAUGGCUGCGCGAGCUGAGGGACCAUGCUGACUCAAACAUUGUCAUCAUGAUGGCUGGAAACAAGUCUGAUUUGAACCAUCUUCGAGCAAUUCCAGAUCAUGAUGCAAGACUCUUGGCUGAGAAAGAAGGGUUGUCAUUUCUUGAAACCUCUGCAUUAGAAGCUUUAAACGUUGAGAAGGCGUUUCAAACAAUUUUGUUGGAUAUUUAUCAGAUAAUCAGCAGAAAAGCUUUAGCAGCUCAAGAAGCUGGUGCUACUCCUGGUCAAGGAACUGUUAUUAAGGUUGGAGACAAUUCUGGCAAUUCCAAUACCAGACCAUGUUGUUCCAACUAAAAAAUGGGGGGCUACUUUAUUUGUUCUUGUAAUAUGUAAGAGUAGAUUUAUAUGUGUGAGUUAUGGGGGUAAGUUUUGAAUUGAGGAAUGACAGAUAGGAAUCUUGUAAUUAAACACAGGUAUACUUUUUGACAUUCUGAUUAAUUUGGAGAAUACAAAGAUUUGUUUCUCUAGUA